AGGAGUGAAAACAACCCCAAACUGCGCCAGCUCUGCAGACUGUUUGGAAUACUUCAAAUGCCUUGACACUCUGCCGCCGCAUGUCCUAGAUGGCUUUGCGGCGCAGCGAGGAGGAGGAGGACGACGACCAUUCGUAUGCAAAGCUGCGCCAUAAAUUUCCCCCCAAACAUAUAUCUCUCUCUCUCCUUUCCCCGGAGUGGCAUUUCAUCAGCAUACAGUACAGUAUUUCUGCCAUCUUUGUUUGCAUUGCAGUGACUCAUCAAAAGUCUGUUUUGGGACCCACAUCUCCGGCACCGGACUCUUUUCCCUUCUUCUUUCUUUCUUUCUUUCUUUCUUUCUUUCUUUCUUUCUUUCUUUUUCCCUAUCCUCCCCCCUUGAAAAAAGAACUCGCCUUGGCUUUGAGUUCCCCUAUGAAAGGGCUCCAUUCAUUGCAGAGAAUGGCUUGAGUGUUGGAGAGAAGAAGAACGGCAUCCGGAGAUGCUUUUGUGCCGAGAUUUGACUUGGAGAGAGAGAGAGAAAGAGACACACAUACACACACACACUGGAGGCUGGCCUUUUGGUUAUGAUUAUUGUCAUCAUUACCAAACACACACACACACAUGCAAACGCGCAAUUUCCCCGGGAAGAGCGUACGGAAACACGGAUUUCAAGAUGCGCCCUCCUUGUGACUCCGCUGCCUCUGCCGUGACCGUGUGAGGAGCCUUCCACCCCGGGCGCCAUGUCGUCGCAGCUUCUGCACAUCGAGAUCCCCAACUUCGGCAACACGGUGCUGGGCUCCCUGAACGAGCAGCGGCUGCUGGGCCUCUACUGCGAUGUCUCCAUCGUGGUCAAGGGCCAGGCCUUCAAGGCCCACCGGGCCGUCCUGGCGGCCAGCAGCCUCUACUUCCGGGACCUCUUCAGCGGCAACAGCAAGAGCGCCUUUGAGCUGCCCGGCUCGGUGCCGCCCGCCUGCUUCCAGCAGAUCCUCUCCUUCUGCUACACGGGCAAGCUGACCAUGGCAGCCAGUGAGCAGCUAGUGGUCAUGUACACGGCUGGCUUCCUCCAAAUCCAGCACAUUGUGGAGAAAGGCACCGACCUCAUGUUCAAGGUCAGCUCCCCGCACUGUGACUCCCAAACCGCCACCGCCGAGGACCCCGGCUCCGAACCCCAAAGCCCAUGCAACCCGCUGCAGGCUGCCUCGUACGCCGCUGCGGCCCCGCUCCCGCUUCUAGCCAGGGUCAAGCACGAAAACCUGGAGUUUCACUCCAAAAGGGGAAGCGGUAGUGGUGCCACCGAUGGUGGGGGACCCCUGAGGCUGUCCCGGGUCUCGUAUUACGGGGUGCCCGGCCUGGCUGCCCUCGUGCCCGGGGCUCCCACGGCAGGGCCGUACUCACAAGGGGAGCGAACCAGCCCUGGAGCCAGCAGCCUACCCACAACCGACAGCCCCACGUCCUACCACAACGAGGAGGACGAGGAGGAGGACGAGGCCUACGACACCAUGGCCGAGGAGCAGUACGGCGGGCAGCAGAUGUAUAUCAAGGCCAGCGGCGGGUACGCCGGGCCUCCAGAGAAGCCGGAGCCGGUGCCCUUGGAGAGCCGAUCCUGCGUCCUCAUCCGCCGCGACUUGGUGGCCCUCCCAGCCAGCCUCAUCAGCCAGAUCGGCUACCGCUGCCACCCCAAGCUCUACUCCGAGGGUGACCCUGGCGAGAAACUUGAACUCGUGGCAGGCUCGGGCGUCUACAUUACCCGAGGGCAGCUGAUGAAUUGCCACCUGUGCGCCGGAGUCAAGCACAAAGUCCUCCUGCGGCGCCUCCUGGCUACCUUCUUCGACAGGAACACUUUGGCCAACAGCUGCGGAACGGGAAUCCGGUCUUCCACUAGUGAUCCCAGCCGGAAGCCUCUCGACAGCCGGGUCCUUAAUGCUGUGAAACUGUACUGUCAGAACUUCGCCCCGAGCUUCAAGGAGAGCGAGAUGAAUGUCAUCGCGGCCGACAUGUGUACCAACGCCCGCCGGGUGCGCAAGCGCUGGCUGCCCAAGAUCAAGUCCAUGUUGCCGGAGGGCAUGGAGGUCUACCGCUCCGUCAUGGGAGCCACCGCCGCCGCUGCCGCCAAUGGUCUCCACUUGGACCCGGAUUUCCAGCCGCCCACCGCCCAGAUCUUCGAACAGCGCAUCUACGCCGAGAGGCGGGGCGAGUCCGGGACCAUCGUGGCACUGAGAACUAACACGGUCACCGUCGACCAGGGCAACGGGUCCGGCCCGCUGUUCGAGGGGAGCGACGAGGGCGAACCCGUCACCGCCCUCCGAGAGUCUACCGGCGAUGAAGCGCUAGCUUCGGAGGAGGAGGCCCAAAGCUCCGCGGUGGCACCUUUCGAACCCGGAUCGGGGCCCGGCAGCCGGCCGGAAACCCCGGCGAGACGACAAGACGGCGCUUACGGCGGGACUUUAUGAACGACGUUGAGUUCGGACGAACGGAAGGGGCUCGGCCGACGAGGGAUCGAUCAUACUAAAAAAAGCUGCUUGCAUGCGUUAUUAAUUAAUAACAGAGAAAUAAUAAUAAUGAUAAUGAUAAUAAUAAUGUGACCGAACCCGUGACCUACUGAACUGCUACUGUUGCCUGAACAAAAAUGUGAUUUUUUAAAAAGAAUUAUUAUUAUUAUUCUGCUUGUCUUUAGAAAGAAAAAACGAUGAAGGAAAACAAAAAUCAACAUAUCACGGUCCUGAUAAUACUGUAAGCGACUCUAGGUCUAAGGAGAGCAAACAUAAUCCCGGGCUCCUUUUUUAAAAAAAAUAUAUGAUAAUUCCCAAGGUCAAAGUCUAGAAGAUGGUAGCAUUCCUAUCCCAGAAGAGCUAUUCCGCAUCCCUGAAGGUUUUCCAUCCGAAUGUAUCAAGACGGGACAAAUGGGAGGAAUGAACGAACGAGGAAAAGGUGAAACGAGAAUGCGCCAAAACGCCGUCUUUUGGGGGAUUUUCAUUGUUUGGUUUGUUUUAAUUUGCGGACAAAGGUACAGUUGGUUGUUUUGUCUACACACAUCCAUCUAUCUCAGGCAUGGGCCAACUUUGGCCCUGCAGGUGUUUUGAACUCCAAGUCCCACAAUUCCAAACAGCCUCAGGUUUGAGGCUGUUAGGAAUUGUGGGAAUUGUAGUCCAAAACACCUGGAGGGAGAGUCUAAGUUUGCCAAUGCCUGAUAUAGCUAGAUAAACAGCUUUGGAUUUAUCUGGGCUGGCAGGAAAUCCCCUCUCUCUGCAUACAAACACAUGAACAAUGAGUUUAGUUAAUUGCCUUGGCUUGGGAAAUGGCCAGAGGGGUUUGCGAGUCCAAAACACCUGGAGGGCCCAAAUCUAUCUAUAUCAGUGGUUCUCAACCUGAGGUCCCUAGAUGUUUUUGGCCUACAAUUCCCCGAAAUCCUAACAGCUGGUAAACUGGCUGGGAUUUCUGGGAGUUGUAGGCCAAAAACAUCUGGGGACCCAAGGUUGAGAACCACUGAUCUAUAUAUUGUUGAUACACCAUUGGUAUCCACAAUAUAAACCAAGUAUCCCUUAUCUGAAAUUAUCCAAACUUCGGUGGCUGAGAUGAAGGCACCUAUUUGCUUUUUGAUACGACACAAAAUAUAGUUUCAUGCACAAAAUUAUUUUUAAAAAUUACAUAAAUCAAUGUAUUUAUGUUUAGGUUUAUCUAUCUGCCUAUCUAUAUGUAUGUACAUGGAUAUGUGUGUGUGUGUGUAUCUCUAGUUGGCCUUUAGUAUCCAUUGGAGCCCCCAAAGGUGCAGUGGGUUAAACUGCUGUGCUUCUGAACUUGCUGACCAAAAGGUCAGCAGUUCAAAUCCGGGGAUCAGGGUGAGAUCCAGCUGUUAGCCCCAGCUUCUGCCAACCUAGCAGUUCGAAAACAUGCAAGUGUGAGUAGAUCAGUAGGUACUGCUUUUGUGGGAAGGUAAUGGUGCUCCAUGCUGUCAUGCCAGCCACAUGACCAUGGAGGCGUCUGUGGACAACGCUGGCUCUUUGGCUUAAAAAGCUGCUCCUCGGAUUCGAACCGCUGACCUUACGGUCAGCAGUCCUGCUGGCACUUUGUGCGACUGGGAGCUCCAGGCUUUCAGAUAAGGGAUACUCAAGCUAGAAAAAUCCCUGGCUUGGAGUUUGGGAGUCUUCCGAAUUGCCUUUCGUUUCCUUUCCGUUUCCUCAUUUUGGUUUCCUCCUUUUCAACGUCACGUUCUUCCUUCCGCUUUCUUCCUUCGCUUUUGGCUUUCAUUUUGGCGAAGCUGGCAGGGUUCCAGGACCGAAAGCGAUAUCCAAGGUCUUCCGCUUGUGUGUGUGCGUGCGUGUGUAUGUUGUGUAGUGCCGAGCAGAACAUUCCGAAAUUAUGACGAUCGUUACGAUUAUGAAUUCCCAUUUUUCCCAAUAUGGGGACAGUUCGUCACCUGGGCCCGUCAUUGUCAAAUGAUGUAUUUGGCGCCUUGUUAUUGAAGUGGAAUUGCACUCUGAAUGGCACGUUUCGGGCGACCGAAGUAUGAAAUAGAGGACUUAGGCCUUCUUGGUCGGAGAUCUCUCAAGUCACCACUAUUUUGGCAUGUUUCCUUCCUUUCUGAAUAGGAAAUGGCUUUGCUUGGAGCCGUGGGUUUUGCAGUUCGGGGUGCACCGGCCAACGGCAUCCAUUUUUGAAGUCUUCAUGGUUGUGGCCAAUUGGGAUGUCAUCCUUAACCCAAUCAGCCUCAGUGGUUAGACAGGUAGAGUUAAAGGAUGGAGGAGAUAUGCUAUGUUUCCCUUUGCAGAACAAUGGAAAAGGUAAACGACAGGAUAGAAAGGGAAUGGAGACCUUUAGGCCUUCUGUUGGUUGUCCCCCUUCAUCUGAGAUAUCUCAAGUCGCCGUAGGUUGAAUAUGAUAUGGCCGAAAUGGGUGCGUCAACCAUAUUGACUCCCCCUUUGAGGUCUUCUCAGUGCAUUAUAGGGCUGUGAUGGGUCCCAAUUAACCCUCAAUGGCCAGAGUUCCAAUGAUGGAGAAGUUCUGCCAUGUCUUCCUUUCAGAAAAGGUCAAGGAUUGGAAUGGGUUGCUCUAUGAGUUGGUGUUGAGCUUCAUCUCUCCGUUGGCCUCUGUGUCCGAGACGGAUGAAGUCCAACUUGGAGUAUAGAAGCCAUAUUGACUUCCCAUUUGAGGUCUUCACAGUGCAUUAUAGGGCUUUGAUUGUUCCCAAUUAACUCUCAAUGGCCAGAGUUCCAACGAUGGAGGAGUUCUGCCAUGUCUUCCUUUCAGAAAAGGUCAAGGAUUGGAAUGAGUUGCUCUGUGAGUUAGUGUUGAACGUCAUCUUUCCGUUGGCCUCUGUGUCCGAGACGGAUGAAGUCCAACUUGGAUAAUAGAAGCCUUCUUAAAAAGGGGAACGGAUGGGUAGCCGGUAUGUGAGAAUAUGGCAGAGGAGGUUGUGAUGGGAUUGGCAUGAAGGGACACCAAAUAUAUAGUUAUAUAUAUGGACAGCUUUGGAGAGGUUUUCACAGAAAUGUUUUGUUCUGAUUCUUUUUUUUGCCCCGGUCAGGAUAGAUAGUUGAGCGUCUUCAACCCAGGUUCUGGGUUCAUGGAUUGUAGAGCCGGCCUCACAAGCGCGUAAGAUGGAUAAAGCAAUGUAUGGUUUAAGAGCAGGCAAGACAGGGAUUGUUGCCGUUUGGAAAUUAGGAAUUUUGCCACAUUUCCCAACAGCUCCUUCUCACCAAGGCGGCCCUCUCUUCCUUUCCCUUCGACGAUCAUUGCUUGCCUUUUGCCCCAUUUUUGGAAGGAUUACCAAUUCCUAUAAGCUUGGUUUAGAGUGUCAUUCGAACCAAGGAAUCCUGGUUUGUUACUCUGUUUACGAAACAGGAUUCGGAAACAAACCCUAGUUUGUGAUCCUGGCUUGUGUUGGAAACCGGGAUUCUAGAUUUUUCAUUUUAUCUUGAUUUGUCGCUCUGUUUACAAGCCAUGGGUUGUGAUCCUCGCUUGUGUUGGGAAUUGUGAUCCACACUUGACAUUUCAGCCUAGAAAGCCUGAUUUGCUGCUCCAUUUACAAACCCCAGUUUGUGAUCAUAGCUUGUGUCGGAAACUGGGAUUCUAGGUUUGUCGUUUUUACCUAAUCUUGGUUUGUCGCUCUGUUUACAAACCCUGGUUUGUGGUCCUGGCUUGUGUCGGAACCAGGAUUCCAUGUCUGUCAUUUCAACUUGGCAAUCCUGGUUUGUUUACAAACCAGGAUUUGGAAACGAGCCCUGAUUUGUCUUGAGAAAUGGGAUCCACACUUGGCAUUUCAGCCUAGAAAGCCUGAUUUGCUGCUCUAUUUACAAACCCCAGUUUGUGAUCUUGUCUUGAGUCGGAAACCGUGAUUCUAGGUUUGUCUUUUUUCCUAAUAAUCCUGGUUUGUCCCUCUGUUUACAAACCCUGGUUUGUGGUC